CUCCCUCAGUCCAGCCUGGGCUUUUCUGUCCGUGGUCCAUAAGACACACUGUAAGCUCCAGUUAGAAGAAGUUCACCAUGAUGCGUGCAGCUCUGUGUAUCUGGAUCUUAUCAGCGGUGGUCUGCCUGGGGAGAUCCGACCACCAUGAAGGUCAUGCCAUCGGAGAACAAGACACUGCCGUGAACAGCAACGACAACAGUGUCUCACUGCUGACUUCGGCAAACCAAGAUUUUGCCCUCCGCCUGUACAAAAAGUUAGCAGCCCAUGCCGACUCCCAAGGCAAAAACGUGUUCUUUUCACCAGCUAGUGUUUCUGUGGCCUUGGCUGCCUUGUCUGUGGGAGCACGAGGAGAGACUCACAGACAGCUCUUCGGUGGUCUGGGUUUCAACAAUUCCCAGCUGAUGCAAGCAAAUGUAGACCAAGCCUUCCACACGCUCCUGGAAAAGUCAGCAUCUAAUGAAGACACCAAUGCAGGGACCGCCGUGUUCGUGGAUAACCGCUUCAAGCCAGAGCCUGAUUUCCUGGAGGUGUUGAAGCAGUCCUAUUUUGCAGAAGGGUUUAAUGUUGACUUCACCAAAACCAAAGACAGUGCCAAUACCAUCAAUACGUAUGUAUCAGAUAAGACCAAUGGGAAGAUCGAAAAGCUGGUGGAAAACCUGGACCCAAGCACAGUCAUGUAUCUCAUCAGCUACAUCUACUUCAAAGGAAAGUGGGAAAUUCCAUUCGAUGCUGAUCUGACCAAGGAGGACACAUUCAAUGUGAACGAGAACACCAAGGUUCCAGUCCAGAUGAUGAAUAUGGAAGAUGAUUUUAAAUCCUAUUAUGACCAGGCCAUUAACACAUCAGUCCUCCACCUUCCCUUCAACGGCUCCUACUCCAUGCUGCUGAUGUUGCCAGAUGACAUGGCAACACUGGAGAAUUCUAUUUGUCCAGCCCAUAUCACUAAAUGGCUGAAGUGGAUGAAGUCUAGGAAAUAUGACAUAUAUGUUCCAAAGUUCUCCAUCAAGUCGUCCUACACGUUGAAUGACGUGUUGAUUGACAUGGGAAUGACAGACAUGUUUGGUGAUCGUGCAGAUCUGAGUGGCAUUUCAGCGGGGAAAAAACUGGCUGUCUCAGAAGUUGUGCACCAAGCCACCCUGGAUGUCGAUGAGGCUGGAGCCACCGCUGCAGCCGCUACAGGCAUCGGUAUCAUGCUUAUGUCCUUCCGGCACAUCCCAGUCUUGAAGUUCAACCGUCCGUUCAUGGUUGCCAUCACUGAGGACACCACAAACGAGAUCCUUUUCAUGGGAAAGAUUAUCAACCCAAACCUCUGAUCGAGGAAACGCUUGGUGUUCAAGCACAGCUUUUGUGGAAGACAUUAAAUACUCAGAAAAAG